AAUAUUUUCAUGAACGAUUUUGUUUGACAAAAUACAGAUACAAUAGUUACCAUUACAAUAAUAUGGCCAGUUAAAAGAUUGCUUUAUUAGCAAAUAUUAAUUAUUUUUAUUGAUUUUGAUUAAUUAAAAGAGUACAGAUAUGUGGUAUAACAACAAUAAUAGCAUCCUAUCCUAUAGGAACUCGUUCAUAAACGGGAGAUUAGUUCCACACACAGUGGUUAAUAUGCAUUGAUUGUGUCCACAAACAAUUGCCUAGUAGGCCAGUAUGCUAUGUGCCAAUUCCUGCGUUUGCCACAUUUCAUCACCUGAUUCGUAUUAUCACCUUAGUUACUGCACUUCUACAAUUGAUGUAACUUGACAAACAGACAAUGUAUUUAAGGAGAUUUUUCUAAGGUUUUUGUAUCAUUCACAUUUUUGUGUUCUGGCUACUUGGAUAUCACCAAUCUUCAACCACCACCAUGAUUGCUUUGAAAUUAUUCGUGUUUGCACUCUUUGCCGCGGUGAUCGCUGCUGAAGACAAACCGGUCGCUGAAAUCCUGACAGAGAAAACCAUUGUCAAUCCUGAUGGAUACAAUUUUGACUUCAAAACAAGUGACGGUGUCGCCCGUCAAGAAGAAGCCAGCCUGAUCACCGUUGGAGACAAGCAAGGCAUCUCCGUCAAGGGCUCUUACUCCUACACCGCUCCCGAUGGCGAGGAGUACCAGGUCACCUUCACAGCUGACGACAAGGGAUACAAGCCCACGAUCAGGGUCGUCCCCGCAGGCACCAAUGCGCAGCAGUAAUUUGUUAAUAUUUGUAGUUUUGUACCGUUUUA